CGGGAUGGGUUGCGGGAACAGGAGAGGAAAAGAUUAGAGGAUUUGGCGAAGCAAUGUCGUCAACGGAAAUUGGCUGUGUUGAGGAAGAGGAGAGAGAUUCGACGUGGGAAGAAGAGGAAAAUUGCUAUUGCUGCUACCGUUGGUGCCGAUGCUACCGCUACUGUCGCUACUACUACAGCUGGGACUGUGGCUGGGACUGGCGCUAUUACCGCUGUUGCAAGCCCAAGUUCGACUAGAGGGGGUCAGUCGAAAGGGAAGGACAAGUCUCGAUCAUUAUCAACGGAAAGGGAUGAGGAGUUGCGGAGACGAUCAGAAGUCGAUGGAGAUUAUAGUAUGGAUGGAACAUCGCCUGCAGAAGUAGCAACGACAGCAACAGCGGGAGAAGAAGAAGAGUCAGGACCAGGACCGGUGCUAGAACCGGAGCUGGCGCUAGAACCAGAAGAUGUGCAAGUUGAAUUUGAUGACUCUGAUCUGAGGGAGCAAAUGAGGAAUACAAACUACCGAGAACGACCCAUUGAAGAGAUUGAAUUGGAGAACGAGGAAGAGUAUCGGAAAGUAUC